GAAGAAAAGGGAACAUGAGAUGAUAUAUAAGCAACUACUGACUGCAAAUCGCAGAAACAAUCAAUUCUAAUUCAACACAACAGUUGAACAACCUCACUCUUUCAUAUCUCGUCACCAACAUCACUUCUCACGAUGUCAGAUCCACUCAUCUGCACUCACGUCUCCAAAGAGUGCCCCAUCGAACUUACAACCUACGGCUAUCGCCCUAAUCUCGGCGGCAACAUCUUCCUAGCAGUAUUCUUCGGCAUCGCUUUCAUCACCAACAUCGUCCUCGGCAUUCGCUUCCGCAUCCGCGCUUAUGCCAUCGUUCUCAGUCUCGGCUGUCUAGCCCAAGUCCUAGGCUAUAUCGGACGCGUCGGAAUGUACUUUCAACCAUUCGGCGCGAUCCCCUUCCAAGCUCAAAUCUGCUGUCUCAUCAUCGGUCCUGCAUUCAACAGCGCAGCUGUGUAUCUCAUGCUCAAGCAUAUCGUUGCGCUCUUUGGAGCAAAGUGGUCUGUGCUGCAGCCAAAAUGGUAUACCAUCAUCUUCAUCACAGCUGAUGUUGUGUCAUUGGUUUUGCAGGCUGUUGGUGGUGGUAUCACUGCGACUUCCGACUUUAGGACGGACCAUGAUAGGAUCGAAAUGGGCAACAAUAUCAUGAUGGCGGGUAUUGCGUUUCAGGUGGUGACGCUGUCAAUAUUUGCGAUACUGGCUACUUUGUUCUGCGUCAGGAGAAUGCGAGCUCUCACUACCAAUCCUCUUGAGGGCAAUUCGCUCCAGGCUUGGCGAACACUUCGGUUUCGGUUGUUUUUGGGUGGACUCACGACUGCGUUUAUGGCGAUUUAUAUCCGAUGCGUGUAUCGCAUUGCGGAGAUGCGAGGCGGUUGGGGAAACAAGCUCAUGCGAGAGCAAAUCCCUUUUGUCAUCUUUGAGUCUGUCAUGAUCCUCAUUGCGACUUUGUGCCAGACUAUUCUGCAUCCUGGGUAUUUCUUCCCAUGGUUUGCCGAUCAGACCCCCAAGCUUGAUGCUGAGAGCUCUUAUACUGAACUAUCCAUUGUCUCUGGAUCACGAAUGGGGUUUGAGCGGUCGAAGUAAUUGGGCGGAGAAGCAGGAGGGGCUAGACAUUUGAGGAAUUGGAGGAUUUCAUCCAGUUACAUGUGCAACUAACUGCAAAAGCGCGAUUGUUUAUAAUUGGGCAUAUCAUAUUGCUCAUGAAAUAGGAUUACUACUAGAUAGACACUUCAGAUUCAUUUGUAAUAGACAUUUCCCU